UUCACAAUGAAUUAUGUGCAAAUUUAUGUAAUACAGGGAGUUAGAAGUGCCGUGCUUUUGCUCAAAUUUGAACUUUAAUAAUGUUCAUUUUACCUUUCUAUUACAGACACCCCCUUCUCUUCACGGUUCAAAGUUUAUAUUUUAAAUAAUAUUAGAUUUGGAUUAUUAAUAUACUUAUCAAGGCAGUUACGUUGACCGAUACGUCCGCUGUUCAAUACAUCCUUUGACUGGUUACAAAUAACGUGACUCAGUGUUUCUCCUUCCUUUGCCUCCCUAUAGCACUUCUUGGUAUUUUUUUAGGAUGGGGAAUUUACCACCAAUUUAAGCCUUGAAGAUAUCUGCAUUGUUUUGGUCUUGAAGCUUCUCCAAGUGAAACUGAUUUCAUAGAUUGUUUUAGUGGCAUUUCACCUUCAGUUUCAAUCAGAUUCACUAAAAUAAGGUUAUAGUUGUUGCCUACGUUGGCACCUGGGUAUGACCUCAUUUUGGCCUUCUUGAUGGUGGAUUUGAAAUGCCUUUGCAAUAGGGUGAAGCUGGUUUGGUUGUGGACCAAAUGAUUUGGAGAGAGUCAAGUCGCCAUUUUGGAUUCCUUAUUGGGAUGGACUGUAUCAAGGUCUUGAACGGUCUCAGCCCAGACUGACGUCAAAUACAAACAACAGCAAGCAGGUCAUGAAAAAGAAGCAGACACAAUCACGGGAUUUGCUAGCCCGACAGAGAGUUGAAGAAUUUUCUCAAAUCAGUAGCACAGACUUGCCGCCAUCUCAAAGACUUUCACAAAAUGCAAAACCAGAAUCUCACAGGAAAACAGAUGACCUACAGAAACUAAAUUCUGUGAAGUCAGAAAAACAAGGGACAGGCUCAGAAAUGCACACUAAUUCUGAUCAGAUGCAGGACUCAAAUGUUUGUAUUAGUGAUGUGCAUACCAGAGUUUCUAUAAAAGAAAAUGGCAUGGAUAAUAAUGGCAUUGUGGUAGAUGAUGUGAAAGAGCUAGAUGAGCAGGAGGCACUCAGGAUAGAAUUUAGUCGCGUGGAACAGUUCAGGCAACAACAGAAAAAAAUGGAAGAAGAAAACAAACAACGCCGCCAAAUGCUUGCUGAAGCAAUCAAGCAGAGAAGCAAAAUGGCCAAAGCUGAGGCUGAAAAGCUUGUUAAAGUGCAGAAGGAGUUAAACCACCUAGACAACCUGGUAACUGCUGAUGUGUCCAUCAUUCGAGAUCGCAUUGAGAUGGCCAGCAUAGAUUUCCUUCAAGCACAGAAACGAUAUGAGCGAGCAGAGAAAGAGUUUGUGGCAGCAAAACUGAUAUUAGCAGAAAAAAGUGAGCUGAAAGAGUCCCUGACAGAGCAUCUGUACACAAUCAUUCAGCAGAACGAGAUACGGAAAGCUGCUCGCCUUGCUGAACUCAUGAAAGAGCUUGGUUUGGAAGGUGAUAGCAGCCUGGAAAUGGCCCCCAUUCCCCCACUUCUGUCAUUCUCUCCUAUCAACACUCUCCACCGACCAUGCACCACUCCCACAAGUCCUCUCUCACCUGGCCCUUAUGAAGCCCAGAGCCAGCUUAUAGCUUCUUCAGAACAAAUCAGUGGUGCUUCCAACAUUUCACAGCUCCAAGAAAAUAAUGUUCAGACUGAGAAUGCAGUGAAUGUGUCUGGGACAGAAGCUGGUGACUGUGUGGCACCAUCCUGCACAAAGACCCAAGAGACAGAGCCACUGGCAAUGGGUGAAGGGGAGAAUAUGAAUGCAGCACUUGAAUCACAGGAUGGUGGAGCAGAGACAAGCAAACUAAUGUCAUGAUUAAUGCAAGAUGUACAUGUGCACAUCUUUAUCCAUGUGUAUGUCCAAAUGCAUGUACCAGUCCAAAUUUAUUAAUGCAAAGAAUAGAAAUAUUCUUUUAAAUUUUUCUCCACAACAGUACCUGAAUGAAGUUAUAUACAGCAAUGAUAAAGGUUUUUAUGAAAUGUAACAGACAGGUAAAUCAUUUAAUGGCACAAUUUUAUUUUUCCUACAAGUUGAAGAGUGCAGAGAGACCCAUUGUAGACUAGGACAGACUUAGUACUAGCUGUCACCAUUAGUUAUAUGCACAUAUUUUCACAAAUGGAUUUAAAUUCACAUAGUAUUUAGUCAUGGUUGUAUACAUUUCUAAUAGAUCUGUUAAAUAUUGAUAAUAGGAAAAUUAAACCUUUUACUAUACUCAAGAAAAAUAUAUAUGUACUCACUUGUAGCUUUCAGCCAUGUGUGCUCCCUUCAACAACAAAAACUGUGGAGUAUUGAUUGUCUCAACAAAAUCAUAGGGUCUAUUGCAUAAUGUGCACACAUAUUUAAUUACUUUUUACCUUCUAAUCAGAACUAGCAUAUUGGGAUGGUGUAUUAGUGGUACAUUCUAAUAAGUUCAUGUAGACAGUCUUUCAGGUCACUUUAGGAAUUAUGCCAGUAAAUAGUAAUUAAGAAAAAAAAAUUGUUUUUGGUGCUUGAAACUGCUAACUGCACCUGUUACCUGGACUGACAGCCAUAUUUCAAUAUCACAUCACCAAUUUGAAAUGUUCACAGCAAAUAAUUUUAAAUGAAUAAUUAACAUUUUCCAAUACUCAUCAUUUAGUCAAGCAUGUGUUGAAAAGGGCUAUGCAUGGCAAUAUGUUGAUGUAAUUUGGGUCAGGGUGGACCCAAGACGCUACAGAAAGCAGCGCACAUGUCAAAAACAGGUCACCUUGGAACAUGCCACUAAUAAAGCAGUCUAUUGGCAUCUGGUAUCAAAAGCAUGAUAAUAUUAACACAUUACAUCAACACAAUGUUACUUAUGUUUGUUUAAAUAUAAUAAGUCUUCCAGUGACUGGUUGAUAAAACUAACUGCCAAUAGUUUUAUCUGGGGGUCUGAAGACCCCCUAACAUUUUGAAUUUGGGUGGGGGGGUCUUGUUUGUUAUGGAGGAGAAACGCUAGUUAACUCUCCAGUUUGGCUCCCUUAAUUAGAUUAUAGCACUGCUGGAGGAAAAAAACUAUAUUUUUAUGACCAUGUCUUUCAGGCAAUUUUGUUUUGAUGAGAUGAAGAAAUUUUUUAGUGGGAAAUGUAUCCAUUACAAGAACAUUUAUCAAGAUUUCCGUCCAUUAUGAUAUGCAACAUGUUCUUUUAAGUUGUGCUUUUAUUUGUUAGUAGUUGGUAUGACUGUCACACAGUGAACAUCUGUUUGUUCCACUGGUUGUUUCCAUUUCAUACUCAUGAAUAAUCCCUUAUGACAAGCAACUCAUGGUAUAUUUGACUUAGUUAUUUGUUGGUCAUUAGAGAUAUGCCAUGGUCUCAUACUGGAUGCAUCGAACCUUUCAUGCCAUAUCUCACACUUAUUAUCCAUAAAACACAAUUUUCAACUGUUGCUAUGUGCAUCCCUUGGCCAGUCACUGCUUGUUUUCUUCACGUGCACUGUUGACACACUAACACACGCAUACCAAUCAUCCAUUGUUCCAUUCCCACCUAUCUACUGGAUUUAGAUGUGGGUCUGCUAACAUUGUUCUUAUUCCUUCUGAACUUUUCAAGGUUAGGUGAUUGAGGUGACUCCUUUGAGUUGAAUGACUUUCUGUAGUCCAUCCUAUUCCCAAGACUGACAGCAGCUUCUAUCAUGUGGCUGUCACUGCAAAGAUUUACGGGUUUCAGUAUUCCCCAUGUUUUUGUAUGUGAUUCUUUCUGCAACAUACUUUUCCACACUUCUUAUCAUUGUCUGGUAAUAUUAUAAGUGCUGUCACAUAGCGAAUCCUCUCAUGAAGUUACUUAUCAAUAAGCAUUUUCUCUAACACAUCUUACAACAUAAAGAGAAUGACUACCUUGAAAUUGCUUAUUUACGCACCUCUUCCAUUAACAUUACUCCUAACAACCUUUCCCAUAAUGCUAGUCCAUUUUCACACCCUUCCUUUUGCAAUAUCGUGUUACUCUCAGCUCGUGUGCUUGUUAUUUGGUUCCUCUUUGUGUUUUCUGUAU